GUAAACAAAGACUGCAGCACCAGCCAACGCAGAGACUCUCCAGUGCAUCCUUGCAUUUUACUUAUUCUCUUGCUAAAGACCUACAUCAGGUUCACUGUCUCAAUGGAAGUGGUACCAGCCUGGGCCCCAGCAGUAGGUUUCAUGCUCCUGCCACAUGCAGGAGGAUUUUUAGGAAGCCGUAUAACCAAAAGAGAAAUCCCAACAUGGUAUGAAACUCUGCAGAAGCCAUCCUGGUGUCCACCUAACUGGGUGUUUGCUCCUGUUUGGGGAACUCUCUAUACAUCUAUGGGAUACGGCUCCUACCUGGUGUGGAAGGAACUGGGGGGCUUCAGUGAAAAGUCAGUGGUUCCUCUGGGUCUGUAUGCAGGGAACCUGGCAUUAAACUGGGCAUGGACUCCAAUAUUUUUUGGAGCUCACAAAAUGGGAUGGGGGUUGGUGACUCUCCUGCUUACAACUGGUACAGCAACAGCUACCACUGCUUCCUGGUAUAACAUCAACAAAACAGCAGCUUAUUUGAUGGUUCCUUAUUUAGCUUGGCUAAGCUUGGCUUCUGCACUCAAUUAUCAGAUCUGGAAAGAAAAUCACAGCAAGAAAAAACCUGAAUAAGCAGUUUUCAGCCAAAACCAUUUUUUUUCCCCCAAUUAUUUUUUAUAUAAAGUUAUGGCCUUAUUUUAUUUUUAGCUGAACUACUUCUACCAUUACUUUGGUAACUACAAGUUGACAAAACAAAUACAACUUUAUUAGGCAAGCCACAAUGGGGUGUAUGUCUGACUGGGUUUUAUAGCAAACUAAAAGAAAGUCUUGAUUGAAAAGUAGUAAGUGCCAUAUUCUUGUAUUGUAUGUUACAUAACAAGAGCAUUUUAACCAUUACCAGAAGAAAGCAGGAACUCAAACUUCCUUAUGUUCAGAGGAAGAAAUCCAGCCACACACUAACACAGUUUCCAGAAAGGUGUUCCUAGUGACAGGCAUGAUUGUGGCCUGAAUCUUUCAUAUAUUUACCACUAGGCACAGUGCUUUUGUGCUAUGAUGUGUCCCACUACAGUCACCAGAUAUUUGUCUUCUGGCCAUUGUUUUCCAGAAAUGUUUAAGACAAGCUCUUUUUAACAAUUUAUGCCUUCCUGCCGCGGCAACGGAAAGCCCGGAGCACCGCGACUUCUCUAGAGAAAGAGCCCUGAGAAGGGCUGGGCCAAAGCGUGUGAGCAGCUUCGAGCAGGCGAGUGAUUUCAACUCGGCUCAGCGGCGGCGGGCAGGCAACACAGGAAGCAGGGAUGAGAAAGCUGGUCCAGCGUUCCGCUAAAGCAUAAACCUUUAUUUAGGCAGAGCUUCGGCGAAGGGUGCCGGCAACAGCGAAUCUCUCGAACAGGAGAAAAGCCGGGG